GGAGUGCGCGCGAGGAGAGCGAUCGUUCCCUUGUGUGUGCGCGCGCUGCACUUGUUGUAAGACGUGCGGCGGAUGCUUGAGAAAAGAAAGUGUCCGGUAAAAAAGAGGAGAGGGUAUGAUAAGAUAAGGAGUAAACGAGUCUCGAAGCUGAAACCGUGUGAUAUUUCUUUAAAAUGAUGGUGAUUAUUCAUCCUGUGUUUGGCUGUUUCAUGACAUACCAGGCAUGAGCUCACAGCAGAGAUAAACCUGCAUCGUCCAGACUUGAACCACUGGUUAUCACUCCAGCGACAGAACAUAAGAUGGAAGAAAUUGAUUCUGUGAGAUUCAAGCCCUUGCCAGAAGAUUCAAGUGUCCCGUUGACAUACCCUGCUGACACCAUCAAUAUUGACGAUGGCCGUUAUAAUUUGCUACGCGAAGAUCUGGAAGCAGAUGCUCGGGACUUUGAAGCUCCCACCUGGAGUUUAUCUGUAGACCAGCAAUAUUUAAAAGAGUAUUCCAAAGAGCACAUUAAAAGACAGGACGUUAUACAUGAGCUAAUUCAGACAGAAAUAAACCACGUGCGGACACUGAAGCUGGUUUUAGGCGUAUAUGUGCGGGAACUCCGUGAAACUCUGCAAAUGGACGAGAUGCAGCUGGAAAGACUGUUUCCACAGGUGGAUAACCUGGUGCAACUGCAUCAGCUUUUCCUCAACCGCCUUAAACAGCGAAGAAUUGAUUCCUUGGAGCCAGGCAGUACCCAGAAUUACUGCAUCCACAGUAUUGGAGACAUUCUUAUCGCACAGUUUUCAGGUGAAAUAAGAGACAGACUACAGUACUGCUAUGGAGUGUUCUGCAGUCACCACACUGAUGCAGUCAACUUCUACAAAGACUUAAUGCAAAACAACAAGAAGUUCCAGAGUUUUAUACGAAAAAUAUGUCAGCUGUCUAUCGUGCGGAGAUUGGGAAUACCAGAGAUAAUUCUUCUUAUAACACAGCGCAUAACAAAGUAUCCAGUUUUGUUUGAACGUGUAAUAAAAUACACUGAAGUUGACUCAGAGGAGCAUAGAAACCUUGUACAAGGUCUAGAACUGCUAAAAGACACAAUCUCACAAGUAAACGCCCACGUCGAUGAGUUUGAGAAAGCGGCAAGGUUGAGGGACUUGAGCAGUAAGCUGGAGCCCAAGUCUCAGGUCAAGACGACCCAUAGGAGAGUGUUCCGUAGAGAAGACAUGCUGCAGGGCGAGAGGAGGCUGCUUCAUGAGGGCAUUCUCAACUGGAGGGUAACUUCUAGCAAAAGCAAAGAUGUCCUUGUCUUGCUGUUGUCAGAUGUUUUGCUGCUAUUACUGGAGAAAGAUCAGCGACUUUCCUUUGCCUCUCUGGACGGUAAGCCUGCGGUGAUCUCGCUGCUGAAGCUUAUCGUGCGUGAAGUGGCUCAUGAUGAGAAGGCCUUAUUUCUGAUCUCAGCCUCUUCAGACACUCCAGAGAUGUAUGAGUUUCACACCUCCUCCGGAGAGGAGCGCAAAACCUGGAGAGACCGAAUCUGGAAGGCAGUGGAACGAUGUCCUGAAGAGGAGAAAGAGGAGCCAGAAGAACUUCCUGAAAGGAUCCGAGACUUUCAAAGAAAUCUUUGUAUGCGUGAUGCCUUGAUAGAGCAGCACCUUUCAGAGAAAUUGAAGUUAUUCUCCAGUAUCGCAGCCUAUGUGACAGGUGUUCCUGACAUUUCACCAAGUGAGCGCCAUCUGGUGCAUGGGAAUGCAGCAGAGCCCCUGCAGGGGGAACAAAUCCUCUCCAGAGCCUUGAAAGAUGUGGAGAUUUUGCAGAACUUGCUGGUUACAUGUGAGCAGGGCCAAACUCCUUCCUCUGGUGAGGGAAUGGAUCUGGUCCCACUAUCCAAGAGACCCGGUGCUUAUGUAGGCUUUGACAGUGAUGCCUGCAUGCUGCCAGGAAAUGGUAUUAGGAGUUUAAUGGAAAUAAAGAGAGACAGAAGUCAGUGGGCCAACUCGGACCCUCAGCUCAGACAGCUUUGUUCUGAUGAAAACCUGGAGCUGUCGGCAGAUGAUGAGAUAACUUUGCAGAGCUGGUGUGCAUAUCUGUCAAACUUCUUUCCUAAAGCAGAGCUUUAUGACACUGUCACUAAAUUGUCUCAGAAGCUUUACAGCCUUCAGUCUGUCAUCCAGCAGCUUGAGAGCCACAUAGAGGUACAGCGCGCCACUAUUGAGGAGCUGAUGUCCCGACCCCGGGGAAAUACUCUCCUGGAAAAGGAAAAGCAACGGAACUUGGAAAAGCAGCGCGAGGAGCUGGUCAACUUCCAGCGGCUCCAGAAUCAGCACCGACAGGAGCAGGUGCACUGGGAGCAGGAAAGAGAGCGGCAGAAGGUGCAGGUGGAGGUCAGGGAGAUGGAGCUGAUGGAAAGAGAGCUGGAAUGCAGCAGACAGGAGAAAAAGCUGGCAGAGGAUAAACAGGAACUGGCCAGGUAUAAGUCCGAAUACCAGAAGGAUCUGGAGCGCCUUAGAGACUCCACUCGCCUUGUGGAGAAGGAAAGAGAGAAGCUGGAGAAGGACAGGGAAAGGCUGGAGCAGCUGGAGAAAAAGUAUAAGAAGAAUGAGAACGUUCUAAACACUGCAACCUUUCCCAUGGAGAAUGAACAGACACAGCUACCUCCACCUUACCCCAUAUUGAAUGUGGUUACUCCCGGCUUCGAUGAGAGGCCUCCUCUGGUACCGCCACGCAGGGAGAGUAUCGCCAACCUUCCUGUUAAACCUGAAGUGCCCAUCCACCUCAUUAGCACCACCAACCAAUCCCACAAAUCUAGCUCCGUCCAACAGAAGAUCCCCACCAAGCUGGCUGCGCAUCCUAAAGACAAGGAGAAGCACAGCAAGCCCAGGAACUCCCACCAGCGCACCAAGAGCGCAGCUGGCAUAGAGGUGUCUCAGGUGCUUCCCAUCAAAGUUUCAGGAAAGGAAGGAGGCAGUUUACGAGCCGUGAAAUCCAACAGUCCCCACCAGCUUCAUCCAGAUAUGUUUAUCCAUCCAGAGAAGUUAUCCAGCUCUGUUCCCUCUAAUUCUGGAAGCGGCAGCAGGAAACACAACCACAAUCAUAAUGCACACAGUACCCAGCCAAGACACAGUAAAACCAAAGACAACACGACUGCAGAAGACAUAUUUUACUUUUAAGUACCCUGUGCAAUCUGCAGCAGCGCAUAAUUGUGAUUGUUAAAAAAAGUGAUUGUUAUCGCUCUAAUAUGACCUGCAUUUUUCAAAGAAAUUAAAUCAGUAUCAGUGUAGGUUUUCAUCAUGAUUAUUAUUUUUGUUUGUUUGUUUUUACUCAGAUUUUAAUUGAAUUGGGAAGGAAAAAUACAUUCAUUCACAGGGAUAGUGAAAAACCGUUUGAGAGGAUUCACUACCAGAAGUACUUAGCUGAGAUUUAGGCCUCUUUGCUUCAAGUCGGUUUUCUAAAGGCUUAACAUUGUCUCAACGAUUUAUCGCUCCUGUAAAUAGCUCUUUUUAGUUAUUUAUUGUGAUUUUAAUUCAGGGAUGUUUGAGCCCCACAAGUGUUGCACUGGAAAGUCUUAUUCUUCCUGGACUCUUUAUAGGAGUCGUGUAAUCAAGAGCUUCACUCAAAAAGUGCUGACUUAUUUGGAGUAAGUUUGAGGUGUAAAUUUCCUUUUUGGAGUUUUUUUUUUUCCAGUUUCUGCACAGAUCGUGGGGUCUUUAAAUUGUUUUGAUUCUGUUGAAAUUAUCUUAUGUACAAGCAGGGUUUUUUUGUGUGUUUUUAGAAGGGAAAAAUGCCUUUUUUCCUUUUUAAGGUGGGGAUACAUUCUUAAGGUACCACUGCUUAUAUCUUUUUUUUUUUUUUUUUUUUU